AGAAUAUUUCUCCUACAAGAAAUUCAUUGGAUUCAUCGGGGUGGUCAUUUCAUGGUCUCUUUGCGCCUCGAAAUUGGAGCAAUGGAAUAUCCUAUUUAGAAUAUAACCUUUUCAAUUAAAAAAAAUAUAAGAAUCUGAAUUUCUGUCAGGAUGCGAAUCAAAAUUGAACCGAAAAUCAAGUAAAAAAUUGUCAACAGAAUCUCAGUCAAGGUUUAGUUCAGAAAAGAGGAUCAUUCAUUAAAAAUGAUUCCACUAACACCAGGACUCAGACAUUUAACAAGGAAGAGUUUAGCAUUGUUACCUUUAGGAAAUCAUUAUUCAUGCCGUGAAUUAAAUACAGCAACUGUUUAUUCGACACCAGUGAAACUAGCCUAUGUAUCCUAUGAAUCAACGAAAGAAGAGAAGAAUCACAGUAAGAGGCCCCCUAUUCUGAUAAUGCAUGGCCUAUUUGGCUCUAAAAAUAAUUGGAAUUCAUUAGCUAAAGCCAUUCAUCAAAAAACUAAUUGCAAGGUAAUAGCAAUAGAUGGCCGGAAUCAUGGAGAUUCACCACAUUCUCCAGAAGUCUCAUAUGCAGCCAUGGCUGAAGAUGUAGUGCAUUUAUUAAAGGAUUUAGAAAUUCCAAAGGCUGUGCUUGUGGGUCACAGCAUGGGAGGUGGUACCAUGAUGUACACAGCCUUAAAUAAUCCAGAAUUAGUUGAAAAAUUGGUAGUUGUGGAUUUUUCCCCAGUGGGUACCAGCCCUAGUUUACUGUCAAUGACAAAGAUCUUCCAGGCAAUGAAGUCUGUAUCGCUGGAUGGAAAUGUAUCAUUGUCCAAAGCAAGAAAAAUGAUUGAUGAGCAACUGUCAUCUUCUAUACGAUCACUACCCCUUAGACAAUUUUUACUGACAAAUCUCGUGGAAGCUGAGACUGGAAAGUACAAGUGGCGAAUAAAUCUUCCUGCACUGGAGAAAAAUUUUGCCAAACAAAUCGCGGUCUUCCCUAAGGUUAAUGGCAAAAGAUUUGAUGGUUCUACACUGUUUUUGGGUGGUGCUGACAGCGACUACAUCCGAAUCGAAGAUCAUGCGGCCAUUGGAAAAUUAUUUCCGAAUGCGAAAUUUCAUUAUAUAGCCGGUGCUGGACACUGGGUACAUGCAGAUAAACCCACGGAGUUUCUCGACAUUUUGACAAGCUUCAUCGACGAAAAACAGUGAUAAGGAUUAUUUUAGGAAGUUAGCUGGGAGCGUCGUAACGCUCUUUUAAUUCUGUACAUAGGGCCCGUAAGUGGCAGAAAAAGAAAACUUUGAGGUCUCAGAUCGGCAAAACCGAGAUUAAACGGUCAGACGUAUAU